AUGGAGGAUUACUUGAAGAAGAAUUUCGAGGUGGAUGCGAAGAGGCCAUCCGAGGAGGCAUUGAGGCGAUGGCGAUCGUCGGUUUGGCUCGUCAAAAACCCUCGCCGCCGCUUCAGAAUGGAGAAGAUCCGAAUAGCACUGUACGUGCAAAAGGCCGCACUUCAUUUUAUCGAUGCUGUUCACCGAACAGAAAAAUAUAAGGUCCCCAACGACGUUAAGGAAGCUGGGCUCGGAAUCGGGUCGGAUGAGCUCGCCUCAAUAGCACGUUCGCAUGAUUUAAAGACCCUCGAGUCCCACGGCGGGGCACUGGGAUUGGCGAGAAAACUAUCUGUCUCCCUCGAAAAUGGUCUCCCUGCAAGCCAAAUCCCGACCAUGCAGAAAUUUUAUGGCCAGAACAAAUUCGUCGAGAAACCUCCCAGACCCUUCCCGAUGUUUGUGUGGGACGCCAUGCAGGACCUUACCCUGAUUUUGCUAAUGGCAUGUGCCGUAAUUUCUGUUGGAGUUGGGAUUGCAACCGAGGGUUGGCCCAAGGGCAUGUACGAUGGGAUCGGGAUCAUCCUCUCCAUUUUCCUGGUUGUGAUCGUGACCGCCGUUAGCGACUACAAGCAGUCGUUGCAGUUUAGGGACCUCGACAAGGAAAAACGAGACAUAAAAAUCCAUGUCACCAGGGACGGUGCCCGGGGGAGGGUGUCCAUAUACGAACUCGUCGUGGGCGAUAUUGUCAACCUGUCCAUAGGGGAUCAGGUCCCCGCGGAUGGGCUUUUUGUGUCGGGCCACAGCCUUUCGAUCGAUGAGUCAAGCCUGUCGGGUGAGAGUGAGCCCGUCCAAAUAGAUGCCGAACGGCCCUUUAUGCUGUCCGGCACAAAAGUGCAGGACGGGUCGGGCAAGAUGCUUGUGACGGCCGUGGGCAUGAAGACAGAGUGGGGACGGUUGAUGGUCACCUUGUGCCAAGGGGGUGAAGACGAGACCCCUUUGCAGGUGAAGCUGAAUGGGGUGGCCACUAUUAUCGGGAAAAUCGGUUUGGUUUUUGCAGUUUUGACACUUUCAGUGCUUACCAUUCGGUUGCUUGCUGUUAAGGGUAUGAACGGCCGUAUCAGGGAUUGGUCAGUGAGGGACGGUAUGGAUUUCCUGAAUUUCUUUGCUAUUGCGGUCACUAUACUGGUGGUGGCCGUGCCGGAAGGGCUCCCACUGGCGGUCACGCUGAGUCUAGCGUUUGCCAUGAAGAAGCUAAUGAACGAUCGAGCUCUUGUGAGACAUCUGUCGGCCUGCGAGACCAUGGGGUCUGCCACCAGCAUCUGUACCGAUAAAACCGGUACGCUGACAACGAAUCACAUGGUAGUCACUAAGAUUUGGAUGUGCGGAGAAGAGAAAAUUAUUGAUGACAAAAUUUUGAAUACUUCAAUAUUAAUAUCUGAGAAUCUAACAGAAAUGCUUAUGCACGCCCUGUUUCUGAACACGGGCGCCGAGGUCGUGAGAGGCAAGGAUGAGAAGACAGAGGUAUUAGGUUCGCCGACCGAGACGGCUCUUUUGGAAUUCGGUCUGCGGUUUCAGAUGAAUUCUGAUGCGUUGAGACGGGAUUCAGAGAUUAUAAAAGUCGAACCUUUUAAUUCAGUCAAGAAGAAGAUGUCGGUGCUCAUGGGACUCCCGGGUGGCGGCAGGAGGGCAUUUGUGAAAGGUGCAUCAGAGAUUAUUUAUGGAAUUUGUGACAAAGUUUUGGGGAGGAAUGGGGAAUCGGUUCCCAUGUCGGGAAAAGAGAGGGAAACUAUCAUGAAGGCGAUUGAUAGUUUUGCCUGUGCGGCUCUGAGAACGCUUUGCUUGGCUUUUAAGGACGUGGAGAUAACAUCAGACGAGUCUGUUAUUCCUGAAAACGGAUACACACUGAUUGCAGUUGUUGGGAUUAAGGAUCCUGUGCGUCCAGGUGUGAAAGAAGCUGUCAAGACUUGUUUGGCUGCUGGGAUUACGGUGCGGAUGGUGACGGGGGACAAUAUUAAUACCGCGAAGGCCAUAGCUAGAGAAUGUGGUAUCUUAACUGAUGAUGGUAUAGCUAUUGAAGGGUCUGAUUUUCGUGACAGGAGUGUACAGGAAAUGAAGGAUAUCAUACCCAAACUGCAGGUUAUGGCGCGUUCUUUGCCGUUGGACAAGCACAAACUUGUGACUGUUUUAAGGAAAGAGUACAAAGAAGUAGUGGCCGUGACUGGCGAUGGAACUAAUGAUGCUCCAGCUCUCCAUGAAGCUGAUGUUGGGCUAGCCAUGGGUAUAGCUGGAACUGAGGUUGCGAAAGAAAGUGCAGAUGUUGUGAUAAUGGACGAUAAUUUCUCGACCAUAGUGAAUGUCGCCAAGUGGGGCCGCUCGGUCUACAUCAACAUCCAAAAGUUUGUCCAGUUCCAGCUGACCGUAAACAUCGUGGCACUCAUGACAAACUUCAUUUCCUCAUGCAUUUCAGGUUCGGCACCGUUGACGGCCGUGCAGUUGCUAUGGGUGAACAUGAUAAUGGACACCCUGGGGGCAUUAGCAAUAGCUACCGAACCUCCGCAUGACGGGCUGAUGGACCGGCCGCCCGUGGGGAGAAACGUGAAUAUCAUCACAAGAGUUAUGUGGAGGAAUAUAAUCGGGCAAAGUAUUUACCAGCUGGCCGUGCUUGGGGUGCUCACCUUUGACGGCAAGCGCCUCCUGAGCGUAGACGGCCCGGGUUCCGAUGCCACGCAUAAGACCCUGAUAUUCAACACCUUCGUUUUCUGCCAGGUUUUCAACGAGAUCAACAGCCGUGACAUGGAGAAAAUAAAUGUAUUCCGGGGCAUGUUUGCUAGCUGGAUUUUCGUCAUUGUCAUGGCCAGCACAGUGGCUUUCCAAGCUGUCAUGGUCCAGUUUCUCGGUAAAUUUGCCAAUACUGUGCCCCUCAGUAGGGAGCUGUGGUUGGUCAGUGUAUCGAUAGGCGCCGCCAGCUUAGUCGUCGGCACUGUCUUGAAAUGGCUCCCAGUUUCCAUGAAGAACACCCGAGUCAUUACACAUCAUGACGGAUAUGAGCCAUUGCCUUCGGGGCCUGAACUCGUGUGA